UUCCCCCCAUGACUUGUUUUACUCAGCUGGGGCCAGGGCUGAGUUGUGAAAGCGAAUUGAAUUCCGGUCUCAAUCGGCACUACACGGGCGUUCAGUAGCACGGACUCCUUUGUUCUGUUCUGUGAUAAGAGGCAUUUUUGAAGACAUGUCCACGCGGCUUUUCCCGAAUAUAGACGAAUCAUCUCAGGGAGCUCAGAUGGACGUUCACAGGCCGUAUAUGGAGAGGCGAAGGCAUGACAGUGAGCACUCUUUGUGCAGCGUGCCAGAGUCCAACGAUCUGGAGGCGGCUGAAGCCCUUGUCUGCAUGAGCUCCUGGUUUCAGUCAUCCCAAAGAUCCGGCAGCUUGAAACCUCGUCCUCUGACCCCAGCCUCUGAUUCGUGCGAUUCCCUCUUGCAUCCUGAACCCCCGGAGACCCCUGGAGACUUUGUUUCUCUCUCCUCCUUGUGUAUGACGCCACCUCACAGCCCCAGUUUUCCUGAGACCACUGCUCACAUCCCAGUUCCCUCUUCACCCUGCCCUGUAAAAAAGACUUGCACCAGUAUAAUCAGUGCCAGGCUCCAGCAACCUGUCGUGACCUCCUGUUCUGAGAUGUCAGCUCCUGGGAGGUUUCCCACUUCUGAGAAACCUUCUUUUCAACCUUGCAGAUCCAUGGCUACCAGUGUCAUCCGGCACACAGCUGACAGUUCAGUUUACCAGAACAUUCCACACGCUGUCCAACAUCAACAAUCGACCCCCAUACACAUUCAGCCGCCAAAACAGCCACAAGUUCCUUUACCAGCCUUUUCACCUUGCCAAUCCCACACAUCCAGCACCACAUCAGCAACAUGUGUAAACAGCAGUAGCCAGUCCUCCAAUGACAAAAUCAUUUUCAAAUCUACUUCUAAUUCACCACUUUCCACAGCCAGUCCACCUAUCAUAUGCCAGAUGUUCCCAGUGGCUCAACCAGGACUUAUUUCCGCAGCAUUUAUCCAGAGUUCCGCUUCAAAGUCAAUUUUGCCACAACCAAUUUUUGUUGGUUCUUCAGUUCCACAAGGUACUGUGAUGCUGGUAAUGCCCCGGGCUUCUGUAUCUCAGACAUCGCCGUGCUCACAGCAGGCAGUUGUGACUGUAGGCAACACCAAACUAUUGCCUCUGGCACCAGCACCUAUCUAUCUACCCUCAGGGCAGAGUGGCACCACACAAUCAGAGUUCUCUCGUAGGCGCAACUAUGUUUGCAGCUUCCCUGGCUGCAGGAAGACUUAUUUUAAAAGCUCUCACCUCAAGGCACACCUUAGAACACACACAGGCGAGAAGCCAUUCAGCUGUAACUGGGAGGGCUGCGACAAAAAAUUUGCACGCUCUGAUGAGCUUUCCCGUCACCGGAGAACACAUACCGGCGAGAAAAAGUUCAUCUGCCCUGUUUGCGACAGGCGCUUCAUGCGCAGUGACCACCUUACUAAACAUGCUCGCCGUCACAUGACCACCAAGAAGGUACCCUCCUGGCAAACAGAGGUUCGAAAUCUCAACAAAAUUACAACAGCCAAGGCUCUGCCAAUCAGCAUGCUGUUACCGGCCUCAAACUAAAUCUGAUUGGAGCAAAUCUUUUAUUUCAGUUACACAUAGACUCUUUAUUGGAAUGACGAGGCUGCUAAUUCUCAUGGACAAAUAUGGACAUGCACUGGACUCUCUCUUGUUUUCCAUUCAUUUUGUACACUUUGCAAUGAACGCAAUGUUUUGUUUACUCACUUUAUAAUCAUUCAUGCACUCUUUUUUUUUUUUUUUUUGCCAAAGUCUUUUUACUAUGUUUGUCUUAAUUAUGUUUAUAUAUAUAUAUAUAUAUAUAUAUAAUUUUUUUCUUUUUCAAUUGUGUUGGAAAUAAAUGGCCUGUUUCUUACUGCCUAAAUACAGGACAAUUUUGAACAUUUAUGGAUCUUUGUAUGAAUAAUUAUCUGAACUCUGCUAAUCAUAUAAUUUAAUACUCAUUUUCAGUAAACGGUGAUGAAUCAA